ACAUUUGUGCGAUGGCAUUUGAAUUAAUUUGUCGUCUAAGAAGACACUAUCGGAUCAAAAUGUCAAAGGGAUCUUUUCAAAAAGGAGACCGGCUUGUAAAGGGGGUGGAUAGACCGAUAUAUUCGAGCAGGCGCACUAAAGGUGCUAGAGGUGGAGGAAGAGGUGGAGGAAGAGGUGAAGGAAGAGACGGAGGGAUGGCUGGGGGAUGUAGCUGAGAGUACAAACCGCAUAUAUAAUCCAGCGUAACGCGCGUUUACCUCGGCCAGAGAGAACUCUACUACCUCGGAUCGAGUAUCAAAAAUGAACGUGAAAAUGUUCGCAACACAACUACUCAUUUCAUUUAAAUACUUUUAAACUAGGGUGACAAGUGUUUACCAAAUGAAAUUAUUGUCUAUUUAACGAUCGAGCAAUGAACAACGGUUCUCCACAGAAUUCCGAUACGGCUGCCCAGCAACAUCGAAGCGGCGUUGACAACAGCGAUGAAGAGGAAUGGAGUGGUGUUGUCGAAUGUGCUGUACUGGAACGAUCCAAGUCGGAUCGUGUGACAAGGGUGGAUGAGGAUAGGCGACGCCGUACCAUUAUCGUGGAAAAGAAAAAUGGCACGUAUGGUUUCACGUUACAGAGUUAUGGUAUACAUUAUAAGAGAGAACAAGAGAUAGAAAUGAUCACUUAUGUUGAUUAUAUCGAAUACGAUGGACCUGCAUUCAAAGCAGGUAUGAGAGAAGGUGAUGUUAUACUUUCCAUAAAUGGUCAUGAAAUGGAUCGAGCCGAUCACACUACUCUCGUUAAUUUUAUAAAGAACUGUGAUACCAGAAUGAGAAUGGUCGUGUCAUUUGAAGAUUGUGUAAGAAAGGUACAAUUACAUAUGCGUUAUUUAGAACUACAACGUGCUCUUCAAUUACGUUUAGGUGAACUUGAAAGAUUAUGUGAAAGAGAACGUUCCAUAUUAAUGGGUCGAUGGAAGACUCAUUCACUUCCAGCACGUAAAAGAACACCCAGUAGUAUUAUAACGAGUAAUCCUAAUCAGCCAUCACCAUCUUCGAGUUUUAAUUCGUCAACUAUUCAAUGUUGUCGGCCUGCAACAUCUACGGAACAUCUUUUACUUUAUAAUUUGUUUGGCGAUGGCCGACCAUGUUUGAUACCACGUGCAGCUUGUUUAGUAACGGUAGGGCCACCACGUUCUCGAAGCGAUCAUCAUCAGUUUCUUUCAAAGAUGCCUAGUGAAUCUGGCGCAUCCACUUCUUCGCGUCAUAGUUAUCAUCAAGCAAAUGGUAUGAGCGGUACUCCAGCGAAAAUGAAAUCGCACAAAUCUUGUCAACAGCAACAAAAUUCGUCGACGAGUGGAGAUGUAUCGACGGUUCACCAUUCUCAACAAAAUAGUCUCUGCGUAGCUUGUAUCUCAAGUGCCAAUCGUCGUCGAGAACAAUCGGAUACUGGUAGUUUGGAUGCAUAUGAUCUAGCUAGUCCUUGCUGUGAUCCAAAUUGUGUCCCAAGUCGUAGAAGACGCGAGAAACAACGUCGAGCUAGAAAUGAACAAAAUCAUCUUCAACAACAACAGCAGCAGCAGCAGCAGCAACAACAACAACAAGGACAGCAACAACAGCAGCAGCAGCAGCAACAACAGCAACAACAACAACAACAACAACAACAACAUGGUUCGCACAAUUGCUCCAGAUCUUCUGGUCAUAGUCUUCAUUCCAUUACAAGCAGCGACGUAUCGACUACCGCUGAUAGCGUAGCUUCUUGUUCUACGAGUUUAAGUACAGACACUCUUUACUGGGAUCCAAAUGUUCAUCAAAGACCACCACCGUGCCUUCAAUAUGCCAAACCCAAGUCAUGGGAUAAUUUAACGACAAAAGCUUUCGGGGGAUACGGAUUUGGUUACGGUUAUCUUGAUACAGCUACAAUAAAGACUUACAGCGCUGAAAGACCUGGAAAAGGAGGUCAUGGACGCGCUAAAACACCUACGGGUACGGUACACAGAAGAACAAAUAACAAUACGUCUUAUUCGACUGGUAAUACUCGACAUUUUCAACCAACUAAAUCUACCGAAAGUCUUCUCAUUCCACCUCCUUAUCAAAACGAGCUAGACGGUAGUAUAAGCUGUGAAUGUUUAGACGAACCAAGCCCAAGAUUUUUACCAGUCGUUCAAUUGGAAAAACAUAAAGAAUCCGGCUACGUUGCUACUAAUCACGCUCAAAUCAGACAUCGACGUUCUAGUCACUCUGAAGGAAAGCUCAGAGCGAUUAACAGUUCCGAGGUAACUCGUUUGUGAAUUUAUUUCUUCCUAGAUUUCUGUAUAUCCUGGAAUAUUAUGUAAAACGAGCGUUGUAUCAUAUCCGUGGGGUGGUCUUUUCUGCUCUUACCAAUCAAUCUUUUCUAUAAAAGCUUGUAUUUGUGUUUUCCGGGAAUAAGUUCGAGACUUAUGACCAAAGACGAGACUGUAAUAUUGAUCUAUAAUGAAAGAAAUGCAAAACUACUGCACUUGGAAUUGUCUCCUUGAUCUACGUAGAAACUAACAAAGUUUGAUAAAUUUUUUAAGGGCUCGCCAAUUAAUAGCAAACAGUUUAAUACAUUAGAUAGCCACUUCCAUGGACAACACAAAUAAAUAUUAUCAAUAAAACAAUUCAUUGUGAA